GAGUGAUUUAGAUGUGCGAACAGUCUUAAACGAGUGGCAUCGUUCGCGUCAAAAAUUAUUGUUGGCAACAAAUUAAUGGGUCUAGGACUACCGAUGUUCAAUGUUAACAUCUUUUCCCUACUCCGGCGUUAAAUUGUGGAACCGGCGAACACAUAUACCUACAACCGUGCUCUUAUCGACAAUUUAGUUGAUUUUUGCAGUUUAUUAACAUCAGUGCGUCCUGCGGCAAAUUGCAUUGCUAUAAUAGCUUUCAUUGUUUGGAUUAAGUGACACCACCGAGUGAUACCGAGUGAUUACACCUUGCAGAUUUAAUCCUAGUCUAGUCAAUAUGAAGUGUUACGUAAGUUUCGUGUGUGCUUUAAGUGUUUUAGCCGUCGUCAGUGCCGCACCGUAUUUCCCAAACGGUGGAAUUAGUGCCUCCACUAGUCUCCAGGUAGGAGCUAGUAGUCCUUCAAGCACGACCACCGCUGGCAACAGCGGAGGCCUGACCAAUAUUUUAUCGAGUAUUGAUUUGCCAGGGCUGUUGAGAGGCGUCAAUAGCUUUGUUAAGCUCGUGGGGGCUUUCUGUCCCCCGUUGUCUCAGGUACUCGACAACGUGAUCCAGAACGUGACCAGCACCGCGUUCCGGGUGUUCGGUCGCGCGAUUCUGCGCAGCGGCGGCCUCGGAGGCGGCUCGUCCUCCGGCGGCGGCGGCCAGCGCGUGAACGUCGUCUUGCCCACAUUCCCACCGGACGAAGACUACGAAGAAGAAGAGGAGGAGAGCCAAACCAGCAGCAGCAUCGAAUCCAGAUUCGGAAACACUUCGACUCCUAGUGACGGCGUAACCGCCAAUGCCGAUAGCACUGCCCCCGAGGCGGUAACGGCAAACGCCGAAACGACCGUGGUAACCACAACACUUUACACUUCACCUUCCAUCGAAGAAAACACGGUGGCGAAAAGACACGUGAGGGUGGUUAGGGAGGCAGACCAGCAGGGCGCCGAGUCGGCUCCUCAGCCCGCCGAAGAUUUAUCUAACAUCAAUAUUGACGACCAGGACAGGAAUAAAAGAUAUCUGCCGUUUGGCGGUAGCGUAGACGCUCAUGCGUCAGGCGGAAGUGGCAACUUCCUUUUCGAUAUCAUCAGGUUGGUAGCCGGAUCCGGAGCAACCGAAGAAUCCGACGAAAAGGCCAACUCGCCCGGAGGUGCCAUUGAAGUCGACAUCGGAAAAACCGCCGACGGAUACACUGAGGGAAUUCCCGGACCCAUCACCCGCCUCUUCGUUAUCGCCAACCGCGGAAUCGCUAACUUAGUGCAAGAUUUAAUCUUACGUUUGGCCCAAACAAGUGAAAGAUUAGUUAACUUCAAGGCCCGUUUGGUAACAUCCUUGAUCUAAGAGCCAAGAGAACAAACUGCCAUCGCAACUUAAUUCAAGUAGACUAGCAGCACGCCACCAAGAUCAACUGGACUAACUCGCACACCCCUUAACACUUUUGCUGCCGCCUUGAGUGCCCGAUAGAUUAUACUUAGUUUAAAAUUGGUUCCGAUUUAACUCUUUCGAAUUUUAAAAUUUUAAUAAUAUUUGUUGUGCUACUGGGUGGCAUUGCAAAACUGUUGGGUGUUGUUAUUACCUGCGUGCCGCCUAUUUUUACCAUUGUAAAUUUAUUUAUCUUUUUUUUUCUUUAUUUUGUUGUUAUUUAAAUUUGUAUAUAUUAACAGGUAUGUACUUUCUUCUUGUAAAAGGUUUCUUGCCAUUGUGUCCAAUCCUCGUUCUCUGCAAUCUGUUACUUCUAAGUUAACGGAACGAAAUCGAAUUUCGAGAGAAAAAUUUACAAUUAUGUUAAAAGAAACCUCAAAAACAUUUAUACGAUAUUCAAUUUGGUUCCGUUCAAUUUAAUAAAUAAACACUGUUUCCUAUUUAAACUCUAUCCACAUUUUAUAGCUUAUUUAGUAAAUGUAAUUAAGGUGUUUUGAUACUUUUAUAGAAAAUUCAUCUGUAAAUAACCUGAACAAUUGCUCAGCUUUGAAAAUUUUAAUACAUGUAAAUAAAAUGAUUAUUUUCAAAACAAUUUUCGAUUUCCGGUGAAAUGUGUAAGUAGUGUAAAUAAUUAGUCGGUAACUUUAAUGUGGUUAUAAUUGUGUUACUACUGUGAAUCUUUAAAUUAAGAAUUUGUAGUUAAUAUAUUAUUUAAAAAAUAAAUUAGUUAG